CUCUCCUCCUGUGUCCCCUUGCAGAGCAGUGGUGGAGGCUGUUCAUCGCCUGGAUCUCAUCCUGGGGAACAAGGCAGCGUAUCAGGAGGUGUUCAAGCCAGAGAACAUCAGCUUGAGGAACAAGCUGCGGGAGCUCUGUGUGAAGCUGAUGUUCUUGCACCCAGUGGAUUAUGGAAGAAAAGCAGAAGAGCUGCUCUGGAGGAAGGUUUAUUAUGAAGUUAUCCAGCUCAUUAAAACCAAUAAAAAGCACAUUCACAGCCGUAGCACCCUGGAGUGUGCCUACAGGACUCACUUAGUAGCUGGGAUAGGGUUCUACCAGCACCUUCUCCUCUACAUCCAGUCCCACUACCAGCUGGAGCUGCAGUGCUGCAUCGACUGGACACACGUAACAGACCCUCUCAUAGGCUGCAAGAAACCUGUGUCUGCAUCGGAGAAGGAGAUGGAGUGGGCCCAGAUGGCUUGUCACAGAUGUCUGGUGUAUCUGGGAGAUCUGGCUCGCUACCAGAAUGAGCUGGCAGGCGUGGACACGGAGCUGCUGGCUGAGAGGUUUUACUAUCAGGCCCUUUCUGUUGCACCACAGAUUGGCAUGCCCUUUAACCAGCUGGGGACACUGGCAGGGAGCAAAUACUACAACGUGGAGGCCACCUAUUGUUACUUACGCUGCAUCCAGUCUGAAGUGUCCUUUGAAGGUGCCUAUGGGAACCUGAAGCGGCUCUAUGACAAAGCAGCCAAAAUGUACCACCAGCUGAAGAAAUGUGAGACCAGGAGGUUGUCUCCAAGCAAGAAGAGAGGCAAAGACAUUAAGAGGUUGCUGGUGAGCUUCAUGUACCUGCAGAGUCUUUUGCAGCCAAAGAGCAGCUCUCUGGAUUCCGAGCUGACAUCUCUGUGCCAGUCUGUGCUGGAGGAUUUCAACCUGUGCUUGUUUUACCUGCCCUCUCCUCCUAAUCUGAGCUCAACUAGUGAAGAUGAAGAAGAGUAUGAGAGUGGCUACUCCUUCCUUCCUGAUCUCCUCAUCUUCCGCAUGGUGAUCAUCUGCCUCAUGAGUGUCCACAGCCUCAAGAGGGCAGGUUCCAAGCAGUACAGUGCAGCCAUUGCCUUCACCCUGGCCCUCUUCUCUCACCUCAUAAACCACGUCAACAUCCGCCUGCAGGCAGAGCUGGAGGAAGGGGAAAAUCCAGUGCCAGCCUUUCAGAGUGACAGCACAGAUGACCAGGAACCCCGGGAGCCGUUGAUUGAGAAGGAAGCUGAAGGUGACCUGGCAAAUCAUCAGCCCAGUGAGGAGCAGAGGAAGAGUGAGAGCAGGAAGAGCAGGAAGUAUUCCCGCCUGUCCUGCCUGCGGCGCCGCCGCCCCCAGCAGGGGGACGAGAGCGACCUGAGCGAGGGCUUUGACUCCGACUCGAGCCAGGGCUCCAUAAAGGGCAGCGAUGGCUCUGAAAGCGGCUCAGAGAAGAGCGACGAGGAAGCAGAAGCUGCUUUUGAUGUGGAGACGGACUCUGACAUGAACAGCCAGGAAUCUCGCUCCGACUUGGAGGACAUGGAGGAUGAGCCGGGCGAGGAGGGAAGCGGCCGCGGCAAAAGCGGGCCCGAGGAGGCCCUGAAGAACUGUGUGGAUGGCAGCGGGCUGGGGGACUCCAGGAGCUCCGGCGUCUCGAAAGCUGAGGCUCCAGACCCAGCCCUCAAUGGGCCAACCUCCCUGAGCACGAGCGACACCAGCAUAGCCAGUAACCUCCAGGCCAUGUCAACCCAACUGUUCCAGACCAAACGCUGCUUCCGCUUGGCUCCCACCUUCAGCAACAUCCUUCUGAAACCCAGCAGUGACCCCCCGCUUUUGAAGGAUGGAGUAGAAGGCAAACCAUGUGUCAAUGGAGAUCUGGAGAAGUCCAGCUUGGCAGAGCCAGACGAUGUGUCUGACUCCGAGGAAAGCAUUUCAAGUAACAAAUCCUGCAGGAAUGAGCGCUCCCUUCAGGAGAAGCUGCAGAUCAUGACCAACGAGGGGCUGCUGCUCACUGUCAAGGUGUUCCUGGACUGGCUGAGGACAAACACAGACCUCAUCAUCAUGUGUGCUCAGAGCUCUCAGAGCCUGUGGAACAGGCUGUCAGUGCUCCUGAACCUCCUGCCUUCUGCUGCAGACCUGCAGGAAUCAGGCCUGGCCCUAUGUAACGAGGUCAAGGACAUUCUGAGUGGUGCUGAGCUCCCAGACCUAAAAGCCAACUUGCUGCUCCCAGAGGAUGUUGCUCUGCGGAACCUGCCUCCUCUGAGGAGCGCACACAAGAGGUUUAACUUCGAGCAGGACAGGCCCAUUUUUACACCCCUCGAGGAGUCCAUCGUUCGGAUCUGCUGCAUUCGGAGCUUUGGCCACUUCAUCACCCACUUGCAAGGCAGCAUCCUGCAGUUCAACCCCGAGCUGGGGAUCUUCAUCAGCAUAGCCCAGGCAGAGCAGGACAACCUGCUGCACCAGGCCCAGGCCCAGUUCCACAUGGCUGCAGAGGAGGCUCGUCGGAACAGGCUGAUGAGAGACAUGGCUCAGCUGCGACUGCAGCUGGAGGUGUCUCAGCUGGAGGGGAGCCUGCAGCAGCCCAAGGCUCAGUCAGCCAUGUCCCCUUACCUCGUCCCGGACACCCAGGCCCUCUGCCAGCACUUGGCUGUCAUCAAGCAGUUGGCCACCAGUGGGAGGUUCAUCAUCAUCAUCCCUCGCACAGUGAUCGAUGGCUUGGACUUCCUGAAGAAGGAGAAUGCGGGAGCUCGGGACAGCAUCCGCUAUCUGGAGGCUGAGUUUAAGAAGGGAAACAGGUACAUUCGUUGCCAGAAAGAUGUUGGGAAGAGCUUUGAGAGGCAUAAGUUGAAGAGGCAGGAUUUAGAUGCCUGGAAUCUCUAUAAAAUCCUGGACAGCUGCAAACAACUGACAGUGUCCCAAGGAAGUGGAGAGGAUGACACCACGGGAAUGGUCACCAUCAUCACAGGCUUCCAGCUGGAGGACCCAAGCCUGUUCUCAGCACCCAUGCAGUCUGCCAUCCAGGCAGCCGCCAGCGCCAGCGUGGAGAUAAAGAACGUCCUGGACUUCUACAAGCAGUGGAAGGAGAUGGGCUGA